AUGAAGGAGUUCGUCGCCGACCUCGACCCCGAAGUCCAGGCGCUCAACUUAAGGCUUCUUGAAAUCAACCGGCUUCUUCAAUCCGGCAUGCCCCUCGACGACCGGCCAGAGGGCGCCCGCUCCCCCUCUCCGGAGCCAAUCUACGACACCAUCGGUAUCAGGAUCAAUACUCGGGGAAGAAGCUCUAUUCUGGAUCCCGACUCCGCCCCCCUCUCCCCCGAACCGCGGAUCCUCAAGUCCCGCCUCGUCGCCGGCGAGACCCUCUACGGCCUCUUCCUCCUGCGCUCCUCCCCGACCCUCGCCGAGAUCGCCGGCCUCGCCGGCUACGACUACAUGGUCGUCAACAUGGAGCAUGGCUCUGGCAGCAUCGUCGAGGCCCUCCCUUGCCUCCACGCCCUCGCCGCCGCCCGCACCCCGGCCAUCCUCCGCCUUCCGGAGCUCUCUGCCGCCUGCGCCAAGAAGGCCCUCGAUCUCGGCCCCCAGGGACUCAUGUUCCCCGUGAUCGAGUCCCCCGGCGCCGCCGAGCUCGCCGUCUCCCGCCGCGCGGCGUCCGCGGGAAACAGCAGAAUAUGA